AACGCGUCACUUCGUUCAAUGUCAAAAUUCUCGCGUUACUUGUGUUGAAAUCGUAUUUUAAUGAAUUUUAUAAUAAUUUAGUCGUUUAAACAUAUUCUAAUUCAGUUAUUUGAUUUUUCAGUUAAUAAUUUAUAAUUUUAAAACAGCUAUGGAUAUGUUGCAGGGCGGCACAAUGCAGCCCCCCCUACCGGCCGUACCACUGCUGACUACACUGGUCCCCGCCGCGGCCCCCGCAGCCCCCACCCCCGCUCCUGGUAAGUAUGACGACGACACCCCGAGGUAGGAAGACCGGUAUUUGUAGAGGAGCCCGCUAACGCCGCUGGGUUGUGCUCGCUGUUGCAGGACCCGCGGAGCAGAGAGGUCGGCCGACGCGCGCCAUCGCACACCGCACGACCGACACACGUUCACUCGCUCAGUGAUCCGUUGUUCUGCUUUCUGUUUCAGGCUAGAUAUAAGUUAGGUAAAUGCUAAAGACUGACUGCGGCCGGGAGCGGCGCCGGCUGCCACGCGCCACGACCAAUGUACUUACCUCCUUCUACCGCCCGCCUGCCCGCGACGUAUGACUGAAGCGCCUCCGUCCUCCUGGUGCCACCGCACUAGCCCACCGCUACCGAGAGCCUCUGAACGACAUGUGAAAGGGUGUUGAGUGUGUCGAACGGUCAAAUGUUAGAACCGGCUACUCGCGGGUAGAGAGAGACGGAGGUUAGCGAGCGUGUUCGGUUGACUUGAUGAGAGGUGGCAUGCACGCGUCCACUGCUGUAAGCCAACUUAACCGAGCGGCCACUCGGUAACGUGUGCGCGUGUGUUGCAGGUUUCGUCGCCCCCAUCUACGACUUCAAACAGCAAGGAGACGUAUUUACGGGGCCAGGAGCGAAAUGCGCAACACUGCCGGCCAUCCUGGGCGGUUCGCUGCCGCGACUAUCGUCGGAGCAAGCGGACGCCGUGGCUCGCGCUAAGAAAUACGCCAUGGAGCAAAGCAUCAAAAUGGUGCUCAUGAAGCAAACCCUCGCGCACCAGCAGCAGCAGAUGGCCUCGCAGCGCACGCAGGUGCAGCGGCAGCAGGCCCUCGCGCUCAUGUGCAGGGUGUACGUGGGUUCGAUAUCGUUUGAAUUGAAGGAGGACACCAUCAGACAAGCGUUCCUGCCGUUCGGGCCGAUCAAGUCCAUUAACAUGUCGUGGGACCCCGUCACGCAGAAGCACAAGGGGUUCGCGUUCGUGGAGUACGAGAUACCGGAGGCCGCGCAGCUGUCGCUCGAACAGAUGAACGGCGUCAUGCUGGGAGGAAGGAAUAUUAAAGUCGUCGGGCGACCUUCCAACAUGCCUCAGGCGCAGGCAGUCAUUGAUGAGAUUCAAGAGGAAGCCAAACAGUUCAAUCGGAUAUACGUCGCCUCCAUACACCCGGAAUUAACUGAGGACGACAUCAAGAACGUGUUCGAAGCAUUUGGACCGAUCACAUAUUGCAAACUGGCUUACGGCACCUCCCAACACAAGCACAAGGGCUACGGGUUCAUCGAGUACGCCACGCUGCCCGCGGCGCUCGAGGCCAUAGCUUCCAUGAACCUGUUCGACCUGGGCGGGCAGUACCUGCGGGUGGGGCGCGCCAUCACGCCGCCCAACGCGCUGGCCGGGCCGCCGCAGCCGUCCGCGCUGCCCACCGCCGCCGCCGUGGCCGCCGCCGCCGCCACCGCCAAGAUCCAGGCCAUGGACGCCGUCGCCUCCAACGCCGUCGCGCUCGGCCUCACCAAGCUCAACGCGCUCGGCGUGCCGCCCGCCGCCGCGCUGCCCACCCUCGCCGCCGCGCUGCCCGCCGCCAUCCCGGCCGUGCUGCCCGCAGCCCUACCUGGAGUGAUCCCGGCGGCCCUGCCCGGAGUACUGCCGGCGGCCAUCCCUCCUCCGGGCGUGGUAAUCCCUCCCGCUCCACGGGUUGGCCCCCUUCCCGCCGACCUGCCUCCCCCCACCCCCGCGCCGCCUCCCCCCGCACCGGCCGCACCCCCCACGCUCACGGAAGCGGAAGGGCAGCAACAAGCUGCCUUACAGCAGAAGCUACUGGAUGCGUCACCCGACACCUUGCAGCAGCAGGAGUCCCUUUCAAUAUCUGGUCAAUCAGCGCGGCACCUCGUCAUGCAGCGGCUAAUGCGGCGGCGCGCCUCCCGCACCGUGCUGCUGUGCAACAUGGUGUCGGCUGACGAGGUGGACGAGGCGCUACAUCACGAAAUCCAGGAGGAAUGCUCGAAGUGGGGCAGCGUGGAGCGGCUCGUGAUCUACAACGAGCGACAGAACGAAGACGACGACCCCUCGCACGCUAAUGUUAAGAUCUUUGUACAGUUCGCCGAACCUGAAGAGGCGAGUGCGACGGCGGGCGCGCUCAACGGGCGGUACUUCGGCGGGCGCACCGUGCGCGCCGCGCUCUACGACCAGGACCUGUUCGACCAUGGAGACCUCUCCGGGUAGCCGCGCCGCCGCAUACAUACACUUACUCUACUAAAUAAUAAUAAAUAAACUUAAGAUUAACUUUUU